UUUGAGUAGAAAUAAGGCCUAAAAAGCAAAGAUAUAAGCUAAUAAAAUGACUGGAGAGGAUAGUAUUUUAAGGAGCCAGUUGCAUUCGUUGCGACAUGAAAUUGCAGGAACGAGUGCAGAAUUGCAGCGGCUGGAGAAUUUGACGAAAAGUGUUAGGGAAGAGGGUAUAUCAGAGGAGGAAUCAGUGUAUGAAAAGUCAACGCCGAAGCAGCAGAUUUGGAUGGGGACGUCGCGUGUGAUUGAAAGUUUACAGAAAGAAAUUGAUGCAUUAAAAGUGUCACGGAAUGCAGCGAUUACAUCAUGUGAAUCGGAGAGAAAGGCACGUGAAGCGUUAUUGAAGCAAUAUGUUGGAAUUAAGGAAAUUGUUGAGCGAUUGCAAGUAGAAAAUGAGAAUUUUAGUAGUAUUUUGGCACGAAAAGAGCGUACGUUUAAAGAAGGGAUAGAAAGACGGAGGGAAUUAGAGAAGAAGCUAGAGAAGCUAGAGAAACGUAAUUUAGAAUUAGAAGACGAGUGUAUUGGAGAUCGUAAGAGAAUAAGGGAAAUGAAUGAUGAAAUUAUUAGAAAAGUAUCUCAGUUAUAUAAAGCAGAAAAAGAAUAUGAUGCACUUGGGAGGGAGAUAACGGUAUUAGAAAAGAAAUAUAGGGUAGAAUUAGAAUGUUUAUCUAAUCGAGUGAAUAUUUUGCAAAAACAGCGUGAAGAAGAUGGAAAACAUAUUCGACGAUUCGAAGAAGAGAUAAAACAAUUAUCAUCAGAAAAUAUAGCAGAAAGAGAAAUGAUUCAAAAAAUACAAAAACAAUUAGAAGUAUCGCAAGAACAAUAUGUAACGCAUUUUCAAGAAAUAUUAGAUGCACUACGAAAACGUGUUGAAUCCUCAGAGAAAGAAAAUGAGAAAAAUAUUGAUCAAGCGAAUGAAGUUCUAAAAGAAUUAAAUACAUUAAAUAAUCGGAUACGUCUUGUAAACAUCCAAGGGUUAAAUAGAUAAGCAAGAGCAUGAAAAAAAUAUCUGCAUUUUUUAUAAAUAAUUUAU